AUGGAGAUGUUUAAAAAACUGGAGAUUUCCAUUCCUUUCUCAGAAUCAUUGCAACAGAUGCCAUCUUAUGCAAAGUUUUUGAAAGAACUCCUUACAAAGAUGAGAAAAUAUAUUGAGAAGGAGACCAUUGAAGUAAAAGGUAAUUGUAGUGCAAUCAUACAACAAUUACCCCCCAAGUUUAAAGAUCCAGGGAGUUUCACUAUUCCAUGCACUAUAGGGGAGUUGGAAGUUGGAAGAGCUCUAAUUGAUUUGGGUGCUAACAUUAAUUUGAUGUCACUUUCUAUAUUUAAAAGAAUUGAGGGCUUAGAGCUCAAACCCACUAGAAUGGCACUUCAAUUGGCGGAUAGGUCUAUUAAAUAUCCGUAUGGAGUGGUUGAAGAUGUGCUGGUCAAUGUAGACAAAUUCGUUUUUCCAGUCGAUUUUGUUAUCAUGGAUUUGGAGGAAAAUGGUGAUGUACCACUUAUUCUUGGGAGACCAUUUUUGAAGACUGCCAGAGUUUUAAUUGAUGUGGAGAAUGGUAAGCUCAAAUUGACUGUUCAAGAUGAAGAAGUAAAUUUCGAUGUAUUUCAAGCCAUGACACAUCCAAAAGAUGAUAAAGCAUGUUUUCAGUUUGAUAUACUUGAUGAAGUUUUCAUGGUGCAAGAAAGGAUGUAUAGAAAGAUGCCUUUUGGAUUAUGUAAUGCUCCAGCUACGUUUCAGAGGUGUAUGCAGGCAAUUUUUGCUGAUCUUCUAGAAAAAUGCAUUGAAGUAUUCAUGGAUGACUUCUCAGUUUUUGGAAACUCCUUCCAAAGAUGUUUAGCUAAUUUGAACACUGUCCUCAAAAGAUGUGUUCAGACAAAUCUGGUUCUGAAUUGGGAAAAAUGUCAUUUCAUGGUAACUGAAGGAAUUGUAUUGGGGUUUUAUAGAAGAUUUAUCAAAGAUUUCUCAAAAAUUGCUAAACCAUUGAGUAAUCUCUUGAUGAAAGAUGCUCCUUUUGUGAUGAAUGAAGAUUGCCUGAAAGCUUUUGAUAUAUUGAAGCAGAAACUAGUGUCAGCUCCAGUAAUUGCAGCACCAGAUUGGAAUCAAAAUUUUGAAUUAAUGUGUGAUGCAAGUGAUUAUGCAAUAGGAGUUGUCCUCGGCCAAAGGAAAGAACAAAAGUUUCAUCCAAUUUAUUAUGCUAGCAAGGUGCUGAAUGAUGCUCAAUUGAAUUAUGCUACUACAGAGAAAGAGUUUCUUGCCAUUGUAUAUGCUCUUGAGAAAUUUAGACCUUAUCUUAUAGGGUCUAAGGUGAUUGUCUAUACAGACCAUGCAGCUAUUAAAUAUUUGUUGACAAAACCAGAUUCUAAGCCACGUCUGAUCAGAUGGGUACUACUGUUGCAAGAAUUUGAUGUAGAAAUCCGUGAUAAGAAAGGAAGUGAGAACUUAAUUGCUGAUCAUUUGUCACGGUUAGUCAACAAUGAAGUCACUAGCAAGGAGCCUGAAAUCUGGGAAUCUUUUUCAGAUGAAUCACUCAUGUAUAUUCAACAGAGGCCCUGGUUUGCUGAUAUGGCAAAUUUCAAAGCUGCAAGAGUCAUGCCGGAAGAUUUAACUUGGCAACAGAGAAAGAAAUUUCUGCAUGAUGUUUUUGAUUGUUGGGGUAUUGACUUUGUUGGACCCUUUCCUCCAUCUUUCAACAAUGAAUAUAUUCUGGUAGCAGUGGAUUAUGUGAGUAAAUGGGUGGAAGCAUUGGCUUGUCCUAAAAAUGAUGCUAGUACAGUAAUUAAAUUCCUGAAGAGGCAGAUAUUCUCACGUUUUGGCACUCCAAGAGUAUUGAUCAGUGAUGGAGGAUCUCAUUUUUGCAAUUAUCAGCUAGAGAAGGUACUCAAACACUAUGGAGUGAAGCAUAAGGUAGCUGCACCUUAUCAUCCACAAACUAAUGGACAAGCUGAGGUAUCUAACAGGGAGAUAAAAAGAAUCCUAGAGAAAACCGUGACUUCAUCAAGGAAGGAUUGGUCUCUCAAAUUGGAUGAUGCUCUUUGGGCUUAUAGAACAGCAAUGAAGACGUCUAUGGGAUUAUCACCAUUUCAAUUAGUCUAUGGGAAAGCAUGCCAUUUGCCAGUUGAAUUGGAGCAUAGAGCAUUAUGGAUUUUAGAGCUUGAAGAAAUGCGGUUACAUGCAUAUGAUUCAUCCAGGGCUUAUAAAGACAAAAUUAAAUUUUAUCAUGACAGG